AUGAAAGGUCAGGAACAGGAGAAAAGCCCACCCAAACGAGAUACGCUAGAUAAAUGGCAUGCACAGUUCAUAACAUCGAAGACAUCUGUUAAAAUGUCCGAAUCAAGUCUGCAACUGGAUCUCACAGCGCCCAAUGGUCGCCAGAUAUCGCUUCAUCGAGGACUGUUUAUUGAUAACAGGUUUGUCUCGUCGACGGGAGGCGAGAGCUUGAGCCCUAUCGAUCCUACCACUGAAGCAGAAAUCUGUCAAGUCGAUGCGGCAAAUGCGGACGAUAUCGAUUGCGCUGUCAAAGCAGCCCAGCGAGCUCUUAAUAACCCGUCAUGGCGCGACAUCUCGGGCACCGAAAGAGGGGCGAUGAUGACCAGGCUCGCAGAUUUGAUGGAACAGAACCAAGAGGUUUUAGCAACCCUGGAAUCUUGGAACGCCGGCAAACCGUACACUUCGGUCCUCAACCUCGAGCUUCCCGCUGCCAUUGGUUGCAUCCGCUACUAUGCCGGCUGGGCAGACAAGAUUCACGGUCAAACGAUUCCGACGCAUUCCAAGAAGUUUGCAUAUACGGUCAAGCAACCUCUUGGAGUCUGUGGUCAAAUAAUUCCCUGGAACUAUCCUGUGUUGAUGGCGGCGUGGAAGCUGGGUCCGGCUCUUGCGACGGGAAACACGAUUGUGUUGAAACCCGCUGAGCAGACGCCUCUUUCUAUGCUAUAUGUGGCAGACCUGGUUGUUCGUGCAAGGUUUCCGCCUGGUGUUAUCAAUAUUGUCAACGGAUAUGGAAGGGCUGCUGGCCAUGCGCUCGUGUUGCAUCCUAAUGUUGCUAAGAUCGCGUUCACUGGGUCGACCAUCACAGGUCGACUCAUCCAGCAGGCAGCAGGAGCCACAUUGAAAAAGGUCACCCUUGAAACAGGGGGCAAGUCACCUCUUCUCGUGUUCAACGACGCCGACAUUGAGCAAGCAGCGAAGUGGGCGCACUGCGGAAUCAUGAGCAACCAAGGACAGAUCUGCACAGCUAAUUCUAGACUGUUGGUUCAGUCAGGAGUGUACAAGCAGUUUAUCAAGAGAUUUGUUGAGCUUGUAGAGGCUCAUAAGCUGGGAAAUCCCUUUGACGAAGACACUUUCCAGGGACCUCAGAUCACCAAGGCACACCUGGAAAAGAUCCUGUCCUACACCAAAGGCGCAGUCGAGGAGGGGGCGACAUUGGAGACUGGAGGAGGAACUUGGGGAGAGAGGGGGUUUUUCAUGCAGCCCACCGUCUUUUCCAAUGUCUCCUCAAGCAUGAAGAUCUAUCGCGAGGAGAUUUUCGGGCCCGUAGUGGCCAUUUCGUCGUUUGACGAGGAAGAAGAAGCCAUCAACAUGGCCAAUGACAGCGAGUUUGGCCUGGCGGCGUCUAUCUUUACGCGAGACAUGCAGCGGUCGCAUAGGGUCUCGACUCGACUCGAUGCCGGUAUGGUGUGGGUGAAUUCGUCGACGGACUCGGACUUUCGGGUUCCGUUUGGGGGAAUGAAGCAGAGCGGAGUUGGGAGAGAGCUUGGCGAAGCUGGCUUAGAGGGGUACAUGCAGGUCAAGUCGGUUCAUGUCAAUGUGGGAUUAGAAUUGUGA